AUGUAUCUGGCUAUUAUGCAAUAUCUAUUAUUUCCUUUUCUGGGUAUAUUCGGUUGCAUUCCCAUUGAAAUCCGCCUGAUAAUAUGGGACCAUCUCUUCUCGUCCCUCCGCGAACAACCACUCAAGGAUGGCCUGCAUAAAGACAAACCUCGAUCCAUUCUUUGCACUAGCCGAUAUCUCUACAAUGAGAUCUCAUCCCAUAUAUUCAGAAACUCUGAGCAGCACAUCUUUAUCAGCCCAAUAUAUAACGAAGAAAAUUGGAUGGUCAUGCAAUUGAAAUCCAGAGUUGUGGACGUUGAGUGGGCAUUCAGUAGUAAAGCGGACGCCAAAAGGCAUUUCCAGAACUUCCCCCAUCCAAAAACGAAGAUGACGGUACAUAUCAGUUGCCCAGAUCCAUCAGACCCGGGUCAAAUGGUGUUGCUUUGGCAGAAACUCAACUUGCUAGUCGAUCUUCUGAUCCCCGUGGCUCGGCCGACUAUAGAGCUGGCAACGAAUGGACCGUGGUGCGCAGAAGACCCACCGACUCACUGGGGAAUAUACAGAGAUCAAUUUUAUGAGAUGGGGGGCCUGCAGGAGUCAAUCCAGUCCGGACCCAAAUUCCGUCCUGACCACGACCUUGCCAUGUUACCCUUCCUUCGUCUAGGGCUAUGGGUCCAAGAUCCAGAAACAAAUGUGCCCGCAAUGUCAGACCGUCAUUUCAAAGACCUAUUCCAGUCCCUCGUGUCUCUAUUCGAUCAAAAAGGGAUCGAGCGCCGAUUAGAGAGGCUUCUCGCUAUCACCAAGGACACAGCCGUCCGCCAAAUUGGAAACGCACUCACCGAUACCGACAUGUUCUUAGAAACCUGCCUGGAUGAACUACCAGGCAGAACAGCCAGCUUCCUUCGUCUUGAACGAUACAAAAACUGGUUCGAAGAUGGGACAAGCUGGGAAUCGCCGUAUGAGACACGAAUGCGAGACCAAUUAUCUACCUGUCCUUGGGUUAUUAUGAACACGGAUCCUUGGCUCCAUCGAUCGAAUCAGAGAUACAUCGUUCUUAUUCUAUUACACCAUUUCAUGUAUGCGAUGAGAGCAAAUUUGUGUGAUGGACUUAGGAUUUUUGACGAUGCAAGAAUAUAUACGACAUGGGACUCGGAAUUGUGGUCGUAUUAUUUCCCAGAUGGCGUUUCGGAGCUCAGCCAUAUCCAAACCUGGCUUACGAGGUUCUGGUCCCAGAAGUCCCAGUUUCGGAAAUUCCAUGCCUAUACGGAUUGGAUAGGUCAACGACGGGCGGAAGAAAAUGGAGCUGAUGAAUCCAGUUGUGAAUUUAUACACCGUUUGAGCUUGUGGGGCCAUUGA